UGAAGCAAUGCGAGAGAGAGAUCUUCUCAACGAAGUGACGUGAUAUUUAUUUAUUUCGCGCGUUCGUAGAUUCGGCGAAUGUUUCGGAUAUGAACUAUGUAUAUAACGGAAUUUCUUUCGACAAGUUUAUUAUCUGCGCAGUGUAUUUUCCGGGAUAUAGAUCACAUGUUCCACAAGGGAAGUAGAAAGAUGCUAUGGCUGCCUCAGCUAUGUCGCACAAUGAGGAAGAGGAGCUGAACGGAGAAACAGAAUCAGAGGCCAGUAGCAUAUGUCAGGGUUCGGUAAUCUCUACAGUACCUGAUCGCCAUGGAUUCUUGGGUGGUUCUCAGUACAGUCCGGAAAGAAAGCAAGUUAUACCGCCCGAUGUAAUAUUAAGGAGGGAGAGGAAAUGGAUAAGAAUGUUGAACAACUGGAGCGUCUUCAUGACCACGAACUACAGCAAGGUUCGCGAAAGAUGUCGCAAAGGUAUACCGCCCUCGGUGCGACUACGAGCCUGGCUGAAUCUCUGCGGUGGUCAGCUCCUGAUGAACGAGAAUCCAAAUCUAUACGAAGAACUGAUCAAACGGCCUGGUGAUUCCAAAUAUAUAGAAGAUAUCAAGAAAGAUCUUCAUCGCCAGUUUCCGCAUCACGAGAUGUUCGUUGACAAUGCGCCCGGGCAGCAAGAGCUGUUUCAGGUUCUCAAGGCGUAUUCCAUUCUAAAUAGCAAAGUCGGCUAUUGCCAAGCUCAAGCGCCAAUUGCUGCAUUUCUGCUGAUGCACAUGCCAGCGGUACAAGCGUUCUGGUGUCUUGUCGCUAUAUGCGAUAAGUAUCUUAUCGGCUACUAUAGUCAAGGCAUGGAAACAUUGCUGCGCGACGGCGAUAUUCUGUUUGCAUUGCUAAAAAGAGUCUCACCUGUCGCAUACAAGCAUCUAAAGAAACAAAAAAUGGAGCCAAUCCUCUACAUGACGGAAUGGUUCUUGUGCGUUUACACGCGAACGUUACCAUGGGAAAGUAUUUUGCGCGUAUGGGACAUGUUCCUUUGCGAAGGCGUGAAAGUAAUUUUCAAGGUGGGCCUGGUGCUGUUGAAAGGUAGUCUAGGUCGUACGUCUCUUACCAAACGCUGUCCCACGACGUACGAGACUCUUCAAGUCCUAAGAAACCCACCCCAACAUAUCAUGGAGGAAGAGGCUUUAGUUUAUCAGAUUCAAAAGUUGAAUUUGAGCGAGGAGGACUUCGAGUACGAGCAUCAAAGGCAAUUGUUGAAAAAAAAGGCAGCGGAGAAAGAAACUGCCAAUCGGACUGACUGACUGACGUAGUUUAAGCCAAAAAAAA